GAGCAACAAGAAAUAUCAAAAGUAUUUGUGCAUAUCAAAAGUCUAGUCGGCCGCAUUUAAUAUUCAUGGCGUUUUUCUGCUCCUCUGCUCACAGUAUCGAUCGAACGGCCUGACCCACUUUCAAACAAAAAGAAAUGGAAACGGGAAAAGGAAUGGCGUCAGCGUUCGUGUUUCUACACAAACGGACAGUCGACAAUAAUAUUAUUGGCGAAAAAGGAAAAAUAAAUUUGAAAUUGGGUUUUUCCCCUCGGUCGACAGAUUCCAUAUAAAUCGAUCGAAUUACGUAAUCUAACGAGUCCAGCUGCUGCUGGGCCAGCGUGUCCAAUGUUAUUCCGACCAAAUUUCAUUUUAACGACGUCCGUUACUCAUUUAAGGGCUACUCACGUUACCACCGAGAACCUGCUGGUGUGGUCAACACAAGGACAACAAAUCGUUAACACAAAUUACCUUGUCCCAGCAACUCAUAUAACAUAGUUGUAUGUGUGGGAAAUAACCGACCGUCUGUUGUCACGAUCGUGAUUCUUUUUUUAAAACAAAUGCGCAAAUGUAAUAAUAAGAAAGAUGUAAGAAUUGUACACACGUGUGACGUCAAUGCGCUCGACUGUUAUUCGCCCAGUAAAAAUGUUUCAGGUCACUCGAACAAGGGCCCCCCUCCCGUCCUUCUUCUGAGCAAUGACGCGGGACUGAACGAAAAAAAAAACCCUCGACCAAUCUUACACGCAAUUCCGUCGAGUCUGUCUAGUGCACAUCAGCAAUCUAUAGAGUCGGGCCAAAAAAUGUUUGCGCAAUAUAACAACUCUUGCGUGAGUGUUCCGUCUAGGGUUAUUCUCUUGUGCGUUUUUCGCUCGUGAAAGGAAACCUAAUCGCCUGACGGGUCUUAUUAUUUCACGUCCCGAGUCUCAGGUUCAACUCAGUCGCCGUGAGCCACUCGGUUGGGUCAGUCUCGGCCCGUCGCUCCUCUUUUGUUUCUAUUGGUUGAAUUUGGCUGUCCCGACUGCACAACAGUUUCGUGUGAUAUCGUGCGUGACGUCCGACACGUCAAAGAAAACUCGUUCCCAUCUUGUCUGCUGCUCCGCUAGAAAAUAAAAAAGAAAUCCGGUUGGCAACAGCAGAGAACAUCGUGACUUCCUAUCCCGCACAGUUCGUGACCCAGACUUUGAGCAGUAGCUGGCAGCAGAGACUAUCCGUUAUUUAAAUAUUUAUCCCGCCGUAUAGUCUGCUGGGUACAUUACCCCCCGCAGCGACAAAAGGGGGGUUCGUUUUCACUCUGUGUGAAAACCCUUCGUGAAUAUAUUUGCGCAUCCCGCGACGACCACGUCUAUAAGAACUUUCACUAUAGGGGAGAGAACUUAUGUACAUUCGACUUUUGAUGGAUUUCAGAAAGUUACACACGAGCGUUGGCGGAUGUUGGAAUGCGGUUGGGUGAAACGAGGAAUUUCUUGAUCAGCGACCACCACCACCACCGGGAUCGAUAACAAAACGCGCAAUGGACGUCCAGCGCAAUGCUAAAAAAUUCAAAUUGCAAGAGGAUCAUCAGCAGCAUCGACAGCAUUUGCCGGACAAGCAAAUCAAACCGCCACCACCUCUUCCGGCCGAUCCUUGUCCGCUCCUCCGCCCAUUUUGUCACCAGGUCGGAGGCCACACCCAGUUCCUGCAGCUGGAUCAAUCCACCGUUUGCAAGCCGUUGAUUCCGCGGGAGUUGAGUUUCUACCUGAACGCACCAGCCGACAUUCGUAUCUUCACGCCCCAGUGCAAAGGUGUGAUCCAGACGUGGCAUCAAGAAGGCCGCCAAUACUGGAGGCGAUUCGCCAUGGACGAGAUCAGCGUCACGGCCGAACAUUCGGAAAUUUCGUCGCACCACAACAGCCGCCACGACGCCCCGUUGAGGAUAUCCCUGGCCGGCCAUGAAGCCAUUUCCUAUCAUCCGGCCCACACCUACACUGAUGGAUCGUCUCAAUUUUUCAUGAUGCUGGAAAAUGUGGCGUCCGCUUUCAAGUUCGAGCGUCCAUGCGUGCUGGACUUGAAGAUGGGCACCAGGCAGCACGGCGACGACGCUUCCGCCGAGAAACGCACCCGGCAGAUGGCCAAGUGCGCAGCCAGCACAUCCGCCUCCCUCGGACUCCGUCUCUGUGGCAUGAAGGUGUACGAGGCGACGUCGGACAAGUUCGUCAGUCGGGACAAAUAUUUUGGCCGACGGCUGGACGCUGACGGACUUCGCAGGGCGCUGGUCCAGUUCUUCGCCAGUGGCGGAGCCCGACGCGAUGGAAUCAUCGAGGCCAUUCUCGAGCGGUUGAGGCUCCUCCGCAAGGCCGUCGAACAACAGGAGACGUUCCGCUUCUAUUCUAGUUCCCUGUUGAUCGUCUACGAAGGUUGCGACGAAAGUAGCGAAUAUUUCUCCAGCCCGGAUUUCCAUUUUCUCAGUCCUGGGGUUGUUGUUGGCGGUGCCGGCCGGCGAUCCAACUCGGAUUGCGAACUGGAAAGAAUUUGCGACGCCGAUGAUUACCAACACCGGAAGCUCGUCACGGCUGCUGCUCAUCAAAGUGCUGCUGGUUACAAGCCGACCAGGUCCAGCUCGGAUGCCCAGAUACCCAGACUGAAACAUGUGGCCGUCCCUCAUCGACUCCAGCAGCCAAGGAAUCAACUGGAUUUCGACUCGCUGUCCAUCACAGACACGUCGAGCGAUUGCUACUUGACGGACAGCUGUGACGCCCAGUCUUUCAGCACGAGCCCAGCCCAGUCGGUGGACAGCGGACUGGAAUGUUUCAUGAUGGAUCAAAACUCUUCGUCGUCCAGCAGCACCAACGAACAUUGCAGCUGGACGAGUAUCAGUGGAUACCAAACCGGCCUCCGUCUCAAGAAACUUUUGAGGCAAUCGGGAAGUGCGACGGGCUACGAAUGUGACAAUUCGACCGACAGCACGGACAGCGGCGUCUUCUCAUCAUCAGCCGCUGCUGUCAAUCAGCUGGGCAGCAGCAUCAAAAAGACGGCCAUGAUGAAGCGAACGGCCGCCAUGUACAUGGACAGCGAGGAAGAUAGCGAAAGUGACAUGGAACAGCAAAGGCUCUGCCGGCCGCUGGAGUUGGAGCGCAACGCCCAGUACGGAAUGAUGAGCCCAGCCGGCGAAGAUGAGGGCGAAUUGACGCCCGUCUUGGAAGUCAGCCGGACCGAAGAGUUUACGGAAGAAGCCGGCGGAAGCCAAACGCAGAAGAAACGGCGAGUGAUGGAUGAGGACAAAGAACAAGUGCUGCUGGAUGCUGCCAGCAGCAGCAAGCUGGACAACAACUGCUGGUCGGACUGCGUCGAUGUCCGCAUGAUCGAUUUCGCCCACACAACUUUCUCCGGUUACCUGGGACUGGACGAACGGGUCCACUGGGGACCCGACAACGGAUACCUUUUCGGUCUGGAAACUUUGACGGGUAUUUUGAGUGAAUUGCGGGGUGAUAAGAUCACCUUACCACCACCUCAGCGCUGUUGAGGAAAACUUGGACAAUGAACUUUUUUCUGACAGUUGCUUCGAUUCAUUAAUGGCUAUCUUAUAGUUUAAUCAUUUUAUUUUUUGGAAGAAAAUUGGAUAAACUUAAACAAAAAAAAAUAGCCCAAUACAAAAGCCCGUUUGUGUUGGCCGGAAUGAAAUGUCAAAUGUCAUUGAUGACAUUUGAGUAUUCGACUUUUGAUAUAGGAUAGAUCUCUUCUGGGACGCCUGAGAGUUUGUCACUGUUUUCAUUGUUUCCACAAUUGAUGUCGUUAUCCAGAGCUCUGAAGAGAGCUAAUGAUAUUGAUUUCAAACAAAAGAUUAUUUUAAUUUUUGUUCAAAUCCUGUGCCUCCGUUACGAUUUAAUGACGACGGUGAAUAAAAUAACACGCAUUGAAAAAUUUUAACUAAAUUAAACCCCCCCAAAGGAGAGAAAACAAAAAUGUGUACCUGCCCACUCUUUUAGUCUUUGUUGUCCUCAUACAACUUGAAAAAUUGUUAUCAAUUUAUCACCCGUGAUUUUAAAACGGUGAAAAUUUAUAUCCCCCAUCGUGUCGUUGGUUUGAUUUGCAUUUUUUGAAUAUCGGUUCAACUAACGACGCGUCGUUUAAAAAUUAAAAUCGAGAGGGAAAAAUUAAACAUUUUUUGAAGCGGGACAUGAUGUUAGUCUAUAGCAGGAAUUUUUAAAAGAUGAUGUUUAGGUCAGAAAUUCUCUUUUUCCCGUCCCCCUUGACGACCAUUUAAGUUAAAAUAAUAAUACUUGAACAAUUGAAUUUUAUAUGUUGUAUAAUGUAUAAUACCGUAUUUUAACGCAAUUUUGAAAUAAAAAAUGUUGAAAUGAAA